UGUGAUGUCUACCCCCCACAUUGGCAUGUGGCGCAGUACAUAGCCAGGAGGUAGUCAGAGUUAUGAUGCGGAGUAUUGUUUUGGCAUAUUGGCCUUAAAGGGAGCGCGCACCAAAGGCUCAGGCGCGCACUGCGCAGCCCCUCGAUGCUCGGUCGCCGAUCACGUGUCGCUGGCCGCCGGGAAUAUCCAUUAUCCGGUUCCGAGGGCCAUUCAUUACCUCCUCCAUCUGUGGCGGUGUCAAAGGGUAUCUAUCUCCCAAACUACAACACCAGUCGGCUAGGAGGAGCGUUUACCCCGAAGUUGGAGCUGGCCAAAACCACUGCGGACAAGUCAACCUUUGUGACAAGAUGAGAUAAUAAGCUCAUGGCUCUGCGGAGAACGCGCAGCUGCUCAGGGCUUCAUU